GUUCGGGCAAGGCGAUAGCUGCAGAAGACAUUGGUCGUUCCACACUCCCGGGGUUUGUGCGAGAUAAACACGAGUUCUGCAUCUCCCCAACUGUGGAAGAAGAUAAAUAAGGUGCUGCAGAACUCAAUUUCUACUUCCGUCAUUCAAAUGUUAAACAAUAUCUCGGUAACGUUAGUUAUCUUAGGUGGCUUGUAAUGCGCGCAACGGCGAGCCGUCACCCACACACAAGGAAAGCAGAAGGGGGUUGCACUAUUGAAAGGGGUUGAUAAUAUUUGACCCAAAGCUGUCGUGUGCUUUCGCAGUUUGUUUCGCUGGCCGCUGCAGGUGGCUGGGAAAUAGUUUUACAGACAGUCAGAAAUCCUACAUGAGUCGUUCUCCUGCAAACGAUUUGCAUAUCUAUCAACAUCAAAAUGUGUUUUAUAGCCAUCAAAGCGACGCGGUCUUAAUUAGCUCCCCGGAGUGAGAGGUAACUUGGCAGCGGGUUCUUAUUGCAGUUCAACUCGGCUGCUGUAGCCGGGCCACCGUGCUCGCCGAAGCAUCUGCAUAUCUGGGAUACGCGCAAAAUCGAGCCCGCAGUCCAGCUGCUCGUCGGGAGACGCGCCGCGCAGACAUGAAGGAGUAGCCCUUUCUCGACGAUCCUCGUCGCCUCGUCGAUGAAGACAGCGCCGCCACCAGGUUCUCACAAACACUUUCUGCUGCGACAGCCCCCAGAAGUGACAGACGCAGAAGUGUAAUGCUGUGCUCCAGGCGUGCCGUGCUGUGGGAAUGAGACUUAGAGGCAGGGACCUUGAAGAUUCUCCCGUAUCCUGGAUACCCAACAUUCUGGGAGUGCAGAGCGUCAGGCUGCGGCUGAGGCUGGAUCGCCGUGACAACAAGGGCAGAGGCUGUUGGCAGCUGGUUGACCUGGGCAGCGGGAGCGAGCAGACCUGCCGAAAACUCCGGGACAGGACGCCGCCGGCUCUGUCCCACAGUCCAAUGAGUAUUCCUGCAGCAUCAGCGCAGAAAGCCGACAACAGUGACAUGCAAUCGCCCGCAAUGAGUCCCUCCUUCAUAUCCAGCCAGCGAGGGAAGAUCCCGGGCAGGAAGAGGGGGAGGCCGCCCAUCCGCAACGUCCCCAAAAUGGACUUUCAGAACCGCUACUCCGAGUCCCUGUCGCCCCUCAAAGUUCCCAAGAAGAGGGGGAGGAAGCCUGGAUUUAAGCUCAAACCCCGCCUGGUGAUGACCCCCCUCGCCAUCUCCCCGCCCAGCAGCACCCCCGAGCCGGACAUGAGCUCCAUCCCGCAGGACGCCGCCACCGUCCCCCACUCGGCCACGCCCCAGGUGCUCACAGUCUGCAUUUACAUAAACAAGCAAGCCAACACGGGUCCUAAUCUUGACAGGAAAAAAGUGCAACAGCUCCCUGAUCAUUUUGGGCCUGACAGACCCUCAGUUGUGUUGCAGCAGGCGGUGCAGGGCUGCAUUGACAGCGCUUUCCAGCAGAAAGCCGUCUUCUCCCUGCUCACGCAAGGGUACGGCGGGGAGAAAAUCUCAGCCACGUUUGACGGGAAGCAGCACCUUCUGAGUCUGCCCGUAGUGAACAGCGUUGGCUACGUGCUGCGCUUCCUGAAGAAGCUGUGCCGCAGCUUGCACUGCGAGAACCUCUUCAGCGACCAGCCGUUCGCGCAGGCCCACGCCGCCUCCGCCUCCUUCCACUAUGAGGGACACGCGCACUCCACCGAGACGUCGAUGCCGGAGGACUACCUGGUGGACCCCAUCGACUCCAAGCGCUACUCCGUGGACCCCAGCGACUCCGCCUUCAACGCCAUGAGCUCGCCGUACCCGCCCAAGCCCUACGGCUACCGCGCCUGCCAGCAGUUCCCCGCCGGCUCCAACGCCAUGGGCAUGUGCCGGCAGCCGUCCAGCCCCAGCACCUUCCAGGAAGGAAACAGAAGUGCCUACAGUCCGUCUCCAGAGUCACAGGAGUCCAAGCCGCCGCCCAGCAAGGACCCGUCCACGUGGUCCGUGGAGGACGUGGUGUGGUUCGUCAAGGACGCCGACCCCCACGCCCUGGGACCGCACGUGGAGGUCUUCAGGAAGCACGAGAUUGAUGGGUACGCGUUGCUUCUUCUGAAGAGCGAUAUGAUCAUGAAGUACCUGGGACUGAAGCUGGGGCCUGCCCUGAAGUUAUGUUACCACAUCGACAAAUUAAAACAGGCCAAGUUCUGAGUUCUGAGGGCCCGACAGAUCAAUUUUUUUCCAAUUAAUAGCAUUGUUAUGAUGAGGGGGCGGGGCGAAUGCAAAGUUAAUAGUAUUUAUGUUUUUUUUGGGGGGGGGGGGGGGGGGAUUUUUGUUGCCUUUUAUUUACUGAAUGAAGUUCAGUUUUAAGUUGGAGGGCAGCUACCAAUGUCGAAAUGGUGAAAGGCUCUGUUUUGGUGACAGAGCUUUAUGUGGACAGCACUGGCAUCUCCGGGUGAUUGAGUUUUGUACUGCGGGUGAGAAAACAAAAAAAGGAACACUGGUGCUAGUUCAUGAUCUAGUUGAAGCAACCCCAAGUUGCUCAAAGUGCGCCCCUGUACCCCUUACCGUCAGAUUUGCCUUAUUGAUGCGUGGAGAGCAUACCAUUGGUUCUUAUGAAGAGGGAGUCGGAUGUGUCUAUUUUGUCUGGACUUCACACACCGGGUGAUUCAGCCCCUCUUCCACCUUAGCUGCUGUGACAACUGGGGGAAAAUUUUGGGGGAAAAAAAAACUUAACUAGGCAAAUAGCGACCUUGAUAAUGAUGACGAUGGUGAUGAUUACUGUGGUGCUGAGAUGCCUCCUGUUUGAAGGUAUUGGGUAGCUGAGGCCAGAUCCUGAUGUCUGUAAUUAGUUUUGAUUCAUUGGGGUUUUUUUUUUUUUUUGUUCUCCUGUUUGGGUAUAGAGGCUCUGAAGCCUGCUGAUAUCUCAGCAGUGCGCCCUUCUCCAGAACCUUCUCUGGACGUUAAUUUGGGAUGUCUGACUUUGGUGACCUUGGUAUUCAAAGAGACAGGAUUAUGGACUCGGUGUGUGGUAUGGUAGUGGGGGGGGGGGGGGGCGUGAUAGAUUAUCAAUAUUUAUUAAUAUCGUAAAUUUGACUGAAAUGGGGAGCAUGGUAAUUAAGCAUUACUGUUAAUGCAAAAAUGAAAUUAAAAGUGCAUAAGGUGAUCAAUUAUGUCAGAGAAUGCACUUGGGGGAGGAAGGGUUCACUGCCUCCUUCAUAGCCCUUCUGUGUGUAUUUAUAACGUAGUAAACUGACCCAGUCAACUUUGGCUGUUUUUAACUAAGUGGAAUUCCCACACGAGCUUCAGUGACGUAAGCGCCGUCUUGCAGUCUUCUCUGUUGGCACAGAAUCUGGAGGGGGGAAAAAAAAGGGAAAAAAGCAACGGCAAGACCCAGCCAGGCGCAGAAGAGUCGGGUCUUGCCUGAAACGCUCACCUUCUGCUGCCCCCUGUUGGUUGAGUAAGGCAUAGCAGUACAUGCCAGCCACAUCUCAGCGGGUUGAAUUGCCACUCGUUGGGUCACCAGCACACACCACUGUCACAGCGCAGCUACAGUUGGCGCAACUGUGAACGACACGAGGCAACAGCUCAUUCAGGUGAUUCAUUAUUAUUACAGCCUCCACUAUUACUAUUACUGUAGGUGCAUAACCCCACCGGACUCCUGCCAGAAAACAAAACGCAUCCGAACACACACUGUUUAAUAUUCACAGAAGUUCUGUUGUUUCUUUAACGCAGAUCGAAUUCUGACGUUGUGCUUUUGAUUAAUUUAUUACAGUUAGGCAUGCAUAAUCACCUUUUACGCGCAACGCGGCUUUUAUUAAAUAACUGGGCUUUAGGCGUGGGUGCGCCGACGGGGUUCUCAACUCUUGCACAUAUUUCAAUAACCGUUACGUUCUGGCCUUUCUCACAGUGACCCUUUGAUUUUUAGAUGUCUUAACAGGGCUUAUUAUAAGAGUCACGAUGUGCACAACACCUUACCAACCGGUACCCAGUACCGAAGUAGGCUAGAUUUUCCAUUUGGAUGUUGGGAGUAGAUUUACAUUUUUUGAAAAUUGAUUUUUCUAUCAUGUGGAGUGUUUUUUUUUUUUUUUUUUUACAUGUUUCAAAAGAAGUUAAGACUGAAUCAGCAGUUGGUUAACACAUUCAGGUAAAUUACAUUUUUUUCCCUUUUCUUUACCAUGUUCUGGUUUGAUGGGGAAAGAUAUAUGGCCACAGGAAAGGUUUUUUUUUGUUUGAUUUUUUUUUUUGGGCGGGGGAAUGUUUUUCAUAAUUUGUUGGUCUUUGGUUUUGAAACAUAUGCAGUAUAUACGAGCUUGAUGUUUUAUAUGUAUCGCGGUACACUUGUAAAUAAUGUCAUUUCAAAGUAACAAUGUAUAAUCAAAAGAACAUGGUACAGUCAUGUAGUAUGUUUUGGCGAACAUAACCGGAAUUUGCUAUUUUUUAGAACAUCCUCGAACUAUUUAAACAUAACUAUAUAAUGUUGGCGCUACGAAAAAGUUUGUAAGCAACUGUUAAAUUGCUUUGCCAUCAUAAGACUUUUCCCGCUUAAGCCAUACAGGCUACAUUUUGCGCUUUGAUGUUCUGAAUAUUUUUUCGUCUGCAUCAGAGAGGUAGCCCUGAUUCUUGAGUUCAAGUCUCCAACACUAUCGUUUCAAUAAUGUAGCGGUCUCGUUUGAACUUUUUCAGCUAAAAGCUGACGCGUGCGUAAUUUUUUCCUCCAACUAGCUUUAAAAGCAGAGGCACUUAGUGCUUCAGAACCGAGUCCACGAAAAUGCGUUUGCCAUUUUAAUAGAAAUACCACCGUUAACAGUACUCGACUAAAAUUGCCUCUAAAUCCAAAUGAAGCUAGUCAGUAUAAAAGCGUUCAGCUUUGCUUGUAUGUGAAUACGUAUUGCAUUUUGUGCAUUUUUUUAUCGAUAUGUGUAUCUGAAUGCUGCAUUUUAAAAUGAUUAGAUAUAAGCCACGUGAAGAGUAAUUAAAGCAGAAAUGUUACUUAGAUUAUGAAGUUUGGAUAUGGCUACCAGGACGGCUGCUACAUGGAUCACUCAUGUUGGUGCUAUAUUUGACUGUGUAUUUUUUUUAUUUUAUUUUAUUUCGUUUGCUUUAGUGUUGUGAAAAUUUGUGUGAUUACAACGGAAAACAAACCUGCGUAUCUUAUGUGAGUAAUAAACGGAGCGUUGUACUAUACGAAUAAAGCAUUACACGUUACCCUGA